CUUUGGGUCAGAAAACUGCUCACGUGCUCUAAAUAGCCAUCGUGCAGCCAAGGAAACCCGCAAACACUCCGGACUCAAAUCCCCCUCCUCAGGAGGCACACACACACACACACACACACACACACGGAAAAGCAGCCGCGAACAAAAGAGCUCUGGCUUUGGGUUCAGCGCUCAGAAGUUAUUUAGACUAGUGAAGCGAAGGUGCAGCAAGGCAGCGUGUCACAGCAUCAUCAUCGUCAAGGUCUCUCUCUCUCUCUCUCUAAUAAGCAACAGAAGCAACAUGUGCACCAAGAUGCGGAUCCUGUGGACUAUCCUUACGAUAGGUUCUCUCCUCCAAGGUGCAUAUGCUAAUAAUAAAACUACAUCAACUGCUCUGAUCAGCAAUACAACGGAAACAACAAAACCAACUCCUUCUACUACCAUCACUACUACAAAUUCAGUACUGGUUCAACAAUCCACAACAAACGCUACUCAGCCCAGUCCUGCAUCUGCCACCAGUAUCCCAGGAAAAGACACCAGCAAUCCCAACACAACUCAGCAAACCAGUAUCACUGUAGCAACUUCUUCAGGUGGGCCCGAGAAAACAGAAGAAUCCACAAAGGGAGCUAUAUCAGUAGCUCCUCCUAUUUCUAAAGUAACUACUGAAACACCAAUAAAACCUUCAGAAAAUACAACAAAUCUAGUGAAGACUUCAGAAACAACAAAUUCUACAACAGUGACAAUGGCUCCAGUGACUAUUCCAGUAAGAAUAACUUCAGAAACGACGACUCCAGUAAGAAUAACUUCAGAAACGACGACUCCAGUAAGAAUAACUUCAGAAACGACGACUCCAGUAAGAAUAACUUCAGAAACGACGACUCCAGUAAGAAUAACUUCAGAAACGACGACUCCAGUAAGAAUAACUUCAGAAACGACGACUCCAGUAAGAAUAACUUCAGAAACGACGACGCCAGUAAGAAUAACUUCAGAAACGACGACGCCAGUAAGAAUAACUUCAGAAACGACGACGCCAGUAAGAAUAACUUCAGAAACGACGACUCCAGUAAGAAUAACUUCAGAAAAAAUGGCUCCAAUGAAAACAACUUCAGCAACAAGAAAAAAUGUCCCUAAAGAACAAUUCACUAAAACCGUAGCUGCAAACAGCACUGGGGACCACUUUGAGAAUCUUUGCGCACGCUUCAUGGCGAUCAUCAAUGCAACUGGUAAAUGCACCAUAACUGGAGUGAUGACCAAUGAUGUUAUUAAAUACAGCGUCAUAAAACUGUUGGUGGAUGAACUGUCAGAGGAAACACACAUGAAAACGACAGCGCGAACAUCAGAGGGAACACCAGAGGAAAGAAGUGAUAAGAAUAGCAUGACACUGAUCACCAUCUUGACUUCGUGUGGUGCGCUGGCACUGAUCCUUACUGCUUUUGCUGUGUAUUGCAGCUGCCAUCGCUUAUCCUACAGGAAGAAUCAGCAACAUCUGACUGAAGAGCUGCAAACUGUGGAGAACGGAUAUCACGACAACCCCACGCUGGAGGUAAUGGAGGUGCAGCCGGAGAUGCAGGAGAAGAAGAUGGCACUGAAUGGGGAGUUUAACGAUAGCUGGAUCGUGCCAUUCGAUAACCUGGCCAAGGAGGACAUACUUGAGGAGGAGGAUACACACCUGUAAAGCGUCCAAGCCCGACAGCUCUCCUGUCACGUAUAUAACAAAACAGACUGUCAUUAGCGGUCAUACCAUCUGCAUGACACUGUGUAAAGACAAUGCAAAGAUUACACACAACCAAAUACAAAAUGGACGACAGGGUUCCAUUUUAUCUUUCUACUGAACCCAUAUCACUAAAAAGGGCAUGGAGCUGUAGUGGAAACUUAAUGGGAGAUAAACAUGUGCUGUUUGUUUGUUUUGGUGUAAUUUAGUUUUGGCUUAAUUAUUUUUUUUUUUUUUAAGUCACAUUACACCCACAAAAGUAUUUUAAAG